AUGAUGGCCGAGUUCUUCACACGUAACUUACAUAAAACAGUUGACUUUCUAUCGAAGGUCGGGAUAACAUCUGACGAAAUCUCAGUAACAUUGUCUUCAAGGGAAUAUCUUUCAUUGACAUAUCAGAAUUUAAAGGAAUAUAGGAAGGCAUAUGCUUCUCUUCUUUGUAAGACCAGCCUUCUCCACCUCGAAGAGAUUGUGUUUUGUGCAUGCUGUUCCCAAAGGAUCAACUUUAUAAGAAACAUAAACCUACUUAUUCAUCUUAACAAACCCGUAAAAAUUCAUUGGUGUGGAUGUGAAAAGGACGAAUUUCUGCUCUACAUCGAGGGUAAGGUAAAGAGGGAUUUCCGUAUCCUGUCUGACGUUGUUGUGAUAAACCCAUGGUUCUGGGAGGCAUACUCGGAUCUUGCAGAGCUUGCAACUCCAGAGAUUAUCGAGUCGAUUAACAUUGUUGGUGGAUUAAGUGACUUCUUCUUUAUGUAUUUAUUCUGUACAAAGAUGAUCAAGAAGGCUUGGAGCCCUGCUAUGAUAUCAGAAGAUGAAGGGCGCGGAAGUAAGUGGAUGAAAUCUUCUGAUGGCCUCUGCGUCAACAUGAAGUAUCCGAAUCUGGCCGGGGCUGUUCUAUAUCAUCAAAAGGACUUUGAUGGAUGCAUUGAGAUAUUUGAGAAGGUAACAAGGAAUUCCUUUUAUUAUGACCUGGACUACAUAGAUUUAUAUUCGAAUGCUUUGUAUAUAAAAAAUGAUAGUAGGGUCAUUCUUCUUGCAGAAAACACCUUGAACAUAAACAAGUAUAGGUCUGAAACUAUGUGUUGCAUAGCAAAUUAUUAUUCCAUGAAGAAAGAGCAUGAAAAGGCCAUUGAGUACUUCAGACUGUGUGUGAAACUGAAUCCUUCCUCUUCCAUAGUUCAUACGCUUAUUGGGCAUGAAUACCUUGAGAUGAAAAGCAUGGAAAAAGCUGUAAGCUCUUAUAAUGUUGCCUUGAAAAUGUGUCCUAUGGACUACAGGGCUUGGUACAGUAUUGGGCAGGCCUAUGUAACAAUGACCAUGUAUGAAUAUGCCCUUUUCUUCAUUAAAAAGGCACUGGAGUGUAAGAAUAACGACCCUGUUGUCUGGACAACCCUAGGGCAAUGCUAUAUGAAUCUUAAUAGAAUGGAUGAUGCCAUUGGAUGCUUCAAAAAUGUUAUAGAGCUGAAUGAUCCUGACGGGUAUCUGUAUAUCGGGGAUGCUUACAAGAACAUGAAGAUGUAUACCGAAGCGGUUGUUUAUUAUGAAAAAUAUGUUGAGACUAGUAAAGACGACACUAGGAAGAUAUGCCUGUUUCUGGAGGAAUACUUCAAGAGAAUGUUUGAUGACAAGCGAAGCUCCUACUAUGCAGGCCUUGCUAAUAAAUAA